UAAGAGGCCGCCUGCCGACGCCGGCCGUGCCUGGGAGUCUGCAUGGGGCGUGAUUCGGCCGAGAACCCCAGCUUGGCCCGCUCGAGCGGGCUGGAGAGCGGGUUUGGAGCUCGUUCCUCGCGUCAUUCACUGCCGGAUUCGGCUGGUUUGGCCCGGCCGUGCGCCGGCCAGCCAGUUUCCUCGCGGCUCGGGUGGUCACGCGACGCCCCCGGGCCGGGUUGGGUUGGGAUCGAGUUCGCAACCAGCUCCUUCGGAAAACAAAUUCUCUGCGGCGGUGCCGCGCCGAGCGGAUGCACGCUACGUCACCCACGUCGAUCGAUCGAUCAGGGCGGCUCGAUCCGUUUCUGCGGAAGUGGCAGGACGGCGUUCGAGAUCUCAGUAGAGGGGGGCGACGUGGCGUGCAUCCGGCGGGACAGGACGCGCUGUGCGGCACCGCCGCAGAGAACUUUUCUCCAGCUCCUUCAGCUCGCGUGUGCUCCGCUGUCUGCCACGCGCCAAAACGACGAUCCGUCUGGCGAGGCCGCUGCCGCUGGCACGCAUCGUCCGCGCCGCCUGUCGCCAACCCAGCGCCGCUGCAACCGCCGCCAGUCGAUGCCACGCCGUAGCUGCCUUUUUAUGGCGCGAGCUCGACCCUAAUUUGGACACCAUGCCUGCACGCGACGCGCAAACCUCAAUCCGGCGACCCUCCCUUGCCUUCUUAUUUAUUUGCUCGCGCUGGGCGCACAGCCGAGGACGCCAUACGAACCCACGAAUCGAAUCGAAACCCCCCCAGUCUGUGCGAGCUAGAGGGGGGGGGGGGGUUCAUCGAGUGCGUCUGAUCAUCAGAAACCAAGCGUGCAUGGUCCUUGGCUCCCCCAUUCUCGCUAGAGGUUGAGGGCUCAUUUGUACCAAUCUCGGCCGUCCAGGCCUACCAAGAAAAGAUCUCAGCCGUCCGAGACCGGUCGGACAGCUGUGCUGGUGGUACAAAACACCGUUGAUGUUGUUUGCUGACGAGGCAUUGGAACCGGUUCGGAUUCGGACAGAGGGGGAGCGACCCGGCGCCACCCCGUUCACCACGCGCCGUGCCGGUCGCGUCGAGAUCGGUGAGCGGCGGCGGCGGCGGCGGCUGCGCGCAUCGGCAUGGCGUUGCCCCAGGACAGCGCCAACACGGCGAGCGAGGAGAGGGCGUCGUCCUGCUACCACUCCUCGUUCUCCUGCGAGGAGCGCGCAGGCUCGAAGCAGCAGGCCGACGGUGCCGCCACACCACCUCCGACGCAGCAGAUGGUCCGGCAAUUGUCGGGCGACGACGGCAGCUGCCGCGCUGAGGCGGCGGCCGACCCAGGCAGGAUCCCGGCUGCGGUGUUCGAGCGCGACCCGUUGGAGUCAAACAAGGACUGGAGCAUGAUGUCCACGGACUCGGUGUUCGGGCUCCAGGUGGCCCCGUCCGGCGACUUCACCGGCUUCUUCCUGGCGCACCCGGAGCUCAUGGACAUCUCCACGCCGCCGCGCACCAGUAGGGUCGACGCCGACGCUACUGUCCUCGCGCCGCACUUCGAGAGCAUCCCGGAGCUCCCCGAGGCCACCAUGAAGGGCAACUACUCCUUCGCCUUCCCAAACUUGAUAGAGGACAAGAGGCACAGUUCCAAGAAGGUUCAGGAGGAGCAGCCGCCGGCGCCAGCGGCAACAACCGAGGCGGCGCCAGCUGCGGCAGAAGCGGAACCGGCGGCCCAGACGAGCAGCAAACCGGAGGCUGCUCCGGAGAAGGAAGCAGCAAAGGGCGGCUUGCUCUCAUGCUUCCCCUGCUGCUCCUCAUAAGCGAGCGCAUGCAACAUCGGAGAUGAAAUAGCAAAUAGCAUAAUAGCGCUCCUGUAAAUGGCCACUUGGCGCUGUGUAAAUGAAGUGAUUUAGAGUGCGAUGAGUUGCCUCAUGUGUGCGCAGAAAAGCAGGGUGUAAGGCCUAAGGUCUCUCUGUACAAAAAAAAGGCGUUGGGACAGCAGAGGUUCUGGCCAUGAAAGAUGUGUCAAAU